AUGGCCUCCAGACUCUCACCUCUCCUCUUCAGAUCAGCCCUCCGCUCGGCAACGUGUCGGGCGGCGAGGCCCCAGUUCCGCGCCUUCUCCCUCACAGCCGUCCGCCCCAGCGACACCCUCCAAGUGACCUUGUCUUCCGAGUCAAUCGCUAACGCUCUCCUGUCCGAACAGCACCGCGACUCCCCGAAAAACAACGCCGAUGUCCCCUUCAAGUUCACCAAGGAGAAUGAGGCCGUCAUCGACGAGAUCCUGAAGCGCUACCCGCCGCAAUACAAGAAGGCCGCCGUCAUGCCUAUCCUCGACCUUGGCCAGCGUCAGCACGGCUUCACCAGCAUCAGCGUCAUGAACGAGGUCGCCCGCAUGCUGGAGAUGCCCCCCCAGCGCGUCUACGAAGUCGCAUCCUUCUACACCAUGUACAAUCGCACCCCCGUCGGAAAGUACUUCAUUCAGGCCUGCACAACUACCCCCUGUCAACUUGGCGGCGUCGGCUCCGACGUAAUCGUCAAGGCCAUCAUCGAUCACCUCGGCAUUAAGCAGGGCGAGACCACAAAGGACGGCCUCUUCACCCUCCUCGAGGUCGAGUGCCUCGGCGCCUGCGUCAACGCCCCCAUGGUCCAGAUCAACGACGACUACUACGAGGACCUCACCCCCGAGACGACCGUCCAGCUCCUCGACGCCCUCAAGGCCACCGCCGCCGCCACCGGUGGUUCCGCCGCCGCCCAGGUUCCCAAGCCCGGCCCCAUCAAGAGCGGUCGCCAAACCUGCGAAAACUCAAAGGGCCUGACGAACCUCACCUCCGAGCCGUGGGGCCCCGAGGUGACGCGGAGCGAUUUGUAA